GCCUUUGAAGAUGAUUUAAUUGAAGCAAAGAAAGAAGUUGAAGUUUCACAAAGUAAAUACAAUGCAUUAUCAUUACAGUUGAAUAAUAAACAAACUGAACUUCUCCAAAAGGAUAUGGAUAUUACUCUGGUCAGGAAAGAAUUACAGGAGCUGCAGAAUCUUUACAAACAGAACAGUGCACAUACAGCACAGCAAGCAGAGCUGAUCCAGCAACUUCAGCUUCUCCAUAUGGACACACAGAAAGUACUGAAAAACCAGGAAGAUGUUCACACAGCUGAAAGUGUAUCAUAUCAAAAACUCUAUAAUGAGUUACAUGUUUGUUUUGAAACCACGAAAUCAAGUGAAGCUAUGCUCCGGCAAAGUGUUGUCAAUCUUCAGGAUCAGCUAUUUCAAAAAGAACAAGAAAAUACAAAAUUAAAAGAAAAACUUCAGGAAUCACAAGGAGCACCUUAUGCUUUACCUCAAGAAAGUGAUUUAAUCCACUUAACACAGGUAUCUCAACAGCUGUCACUGUCAAGCUUGGAAACAUUAAUGGUCUCACAGAAGUCUGAAAUUGAGUAUUUACAGGAGAAACUGAAAGAAGCAAAUGAAAAGCUGUCUGAGAAUAGAUCUACCACCAUGAAUUUUCCAGAGAAGAGCAUUAUGAUAAGUUCUGAAGGAAAACACAAGGAACCACCUGUGAAACGUUCAAGGUCUUUGUCCCCGAAGAGCUCUUCCAUAGACUCAGAGGAGCUAAAGAAGCUGAGGAAAGCUGAAAGAAAGAUUGAAAACUUAGAGAAGGCACUACAACUAAAGAGCCAAGAAAAUGAUGAGCUAAGAGAUGCCCAUGAAAAACGCAAGGAAAGGCUACAGAUGUUACAGACCAACUACAGGGCAAUAAAAGAGCAAUUAAAACAGUGGGAAGAAGACAGUGGCAUGAUUGAAAUCCGAAAAAUAAAGAGAGCAGAUCCCCAACAACUUCGACAAGAAGAUUCUGAUGCUGUGUGGAAUGAGCUGGCAUAUUUCAAAAGGGAAAACCAGGAGCUACUGAUUCAAAAGAUGAAUCUCCAAGAAGAAUUGGAUGAACUGAAAGUACAUAUGUCUAUUGAUAAGGCAACAAUACAAGAAUUGAAUAGAUGUAUGGCAGAGAAAAGAGAAGAACAACUCUUUAGAUACCAUGAAGAUGAUGAGGUCAACAAGAGUACUUCAGAGAAGAAUGGGAAAGAAAUGUCAGAACAGACAUUACAGAAGGUCAUUGAGUUGGAAAAUCGGCUUAAACUUUUUGAGAAAAGUUCAAGAAAAUUUAAAAAAGAGAAUAAAAUAAUGAAAGAAAAUGAUUUCCUGAAGUUCCACUUAAAACAACAUCAACAAGAUGCAGAGACCAGAGAAAAAGAGCUAGAACUGCUAGUUAAGAGGAGUAAAGAUGCAGAAAAAGACAAAACUGAACUUCAAGUAAAAAUCAGUGAGCUGGAGAAAGAAGUCACUUCCCUAAGGAGACAGGUGGCAGAAGCUAACACACUGAGAAAUGAAAAUGAAAUGCUGGUGAAUCCAGUGGAGAAAUCGCACCAUCAGCAGACAAGGCUAAAUCUGAGAUGGGCCACCACAGAAGUGAAAUCUGGACAGUAUGAAUGUAAGACUACCACUACCAAGGUAAAAUUGAAAGCAGCAAAGAAAAAGUACUCUGUGGGUCGUCACCACAUGGUUCUUAAUCACUCCAUCAAGGUUAUGGGCAAUGUGUUUGAGAACCUCAGUAAGGAUGGCUGGGAGGAUGUGAGUGAAAGCAG